AAUAGAGAAUAAUAUCAGAAAGAUGGCAAGAAGUUAAAGGUUACAAUUAAUUGUUUUGUGUAGUUAUAGAUUAAUGUAAUAUCUCCUAAACUUAAUAGUUAGCCUUGAUAAAAUCAGUUAUCUCACAAGUACAACUUGGAAAGUUGAAAGUGAAAUACAACUAACCUUAACUAGGUAAACAAACAUUGAAGUUACUACUUGGUGAAUAGUCAAUCUAGCCUAUAGGACUACAAAUCAGAUUAACUUUAUAGAAGUAAUCAAACUGAAGAUUACCUUGCUCAGCUUGACAUGAUUUAUGAAGGAUAACUUACAACUUGGACAUUUAUAUUUGUUGUCAUGAUAAAAUAGGCAUAGGCCUAGGUCUAGGCCUAACUUAAGGCCAUAUAUUGGAAAUCCCUUUAAUGACAGCGUAGGCCUAUAAAGUGAGAUUUCAGAUUGAAGGAAGUUAAGGUGUUAGAGAAACCAACUUGUGAAAAAUUAAAUCUUCUAAAAAGGUAUUAUGGAGCCUAAGACACUGGGUUGGGCAGAUUAUGUUGUCUUGGCCAUUACUCUGUCCGUGUCUGCCUCUAUUGGGAUCUAUUUUAGACUGACGGGUGGCCGGCAAAAAACAAACAAGGAGUAUCUGUUAGGAGGCCAGGACCAAGGUAUGUUACCAGUGGCCUUCUCUUUGAUGGCUAGUUUCAUGUCUUCCAUCUCCCUGUUAGGAGUGUCAGCAGAAAUCUACAUGUACAGCACUCUCUUCUUUAUCAUCAACUUUGCGUACCUCUUGUGGACUCCAGUGGCCGCCUACCUCUACCUCCCAGUCUUCUAUAAGCUGCAAGCCACCUCUGCUUAUGAGUACUUGUACCUGAGGUUUGGCAGCAAGGCUCGUACCUGUGCCUCGCUCAUGUACUCACUACAGAUGGUGCUGUACAUGGGUAUUGUGGUGUAUGCUCCAGCCAUUGCAUUAGAGGCUCUCACUGGACUCAAUCAGAACAUCUCCAUCAUACUGGUGGGAGCUGUGUGUAUGUUCUACUGCACACUGGGAGGAAUGAAGGCUGUCAUAUGGACAGAUGUAUUCCAGUCGCUGCUAAUGUUCGCAGCAGUGAUCAGCAUAAUCUUCACAGCAGCAAAGCAGAAAGGAGGUCUCAGUCAGAUAUGGGAGAUUGCUGAGAAGGGAGACCGAAUACAGUUUUUUAACAUCAACCCAGACCCUACCGUGAGGCUCACGUACUUUUCUCUGCUGAUUGGUGGAGGCUUCACCUUCUUGUCUCUCUACGCUGUCAAUCAGACGCAAGUACAGAGAUACAUGACCAUGAAGGACUACAAAACAGCAGUGAGGUCCCUGUGGAUCUCUACUCCAAUACUCAUCCUGUUGUCUGGAUGCACUGCAUUCUCUGGCCUGGCCAUAUACUCAAAGUACUACAACUGUGAUCCUGUACUUUCAGGCCGCAUCAGUAGCAGGGAUCAGCUGAUGCCGCUGUUUGUUGUGGAGACUAUGGGAGAUGUGACGGGACUGUCUGGUCUAUUUGUGGCUGGUAUCUUCUCUGCAGCUCUCAGCACAGUGUCUGCAUGUCUCAACUCUCUGGCAGCCGUCACUCUAGAGGACUAUAUCAAGCCUCUCUACUUGUUGUGGUCAGGCCAAGAAGUACCAGCAGCCUACAGCGCUCAGUUGUCCAAGAUGUUGGCUCUCACCUACGGAGUGAUAUGCAUAGCAGUCGCGUUCCUCUCUCGUCUGCUGGGCGGAGUGCUGCAAGCAUCCUUGUCCAUCUUUGGCAUGGUGGGAGGACCACUUCUGGCAAUCUUCACACUCGGCAUGUUUUGUCCUUGUGCUAAUGAACCGGGUGCAGUCCUAGGUCUACUGGUAGGUUUAGUCUCUUCUCUACUCUUAGGGUUUGGAGGUCCGAAGCCUCCUCUACAUACACUACCUCUCAGCACCGCUGGGUGUUCUACUAACCUCACCAUCUACGCUGCAUCUCCUGUUUUAGCUGCCACAGUCACCCCCACAAGCCAGCCAACGGAAUACUUCUACCUGUACCGAGUGAGCUACUUGUACUACAUUGUGAUAAGUUUUGGUGUUGCAAUGGUGGUAGGACUGGUAGUCAGCUGGUUAGCCUCAGCCUGUGGAAGACCCCCUGGGGAAUUGAACCCUGAUCUUUUUGUACCUCCUGUCGCAAAAUAUCUCAGACGCAAAAAACUUGAAAAAGACAUGAAAUCAAACAGAGAAGAGAAGAAGGAAGCAGAAUAUACAUUCUCUGUGCAUUUAUGAUCACAUGAUUCACCUGUUCAUCAAGUCAUUCCAAGAUGUCUUCCAUUUCUUUAGUUAUACGACAUGGUUGUGGUAGGGGGAUUGUAGGAUGAGAGAAUUACAAAAGUUCAGAGUAUGUGAUUUAUACUCCAUUUGCUCAGAGUGCGGCUGGAGCUCUGCCCUACGUCCAUGAGUAAGGCCGUACUUUGCAUUUUUAUCCUGUAACAGUUUUACUAACCUGUGAUCUAAAAAAUUGUUCCGAACAUAAGGGCUAUUGAUAUUGGUUCUGGUAUUACCGUAACUCAUGUGCAAUUAGUGGCAGUGUUGUGCUAAUACUGGUAAUGGAAUGAAUUUAGUAAUUUAUUUUAUUUUAAUAAUGACGCAGUUGAAAUGAAAGUUGUUGAUUGUACAAGUUGAUUGAAUGGGUAAUUUAAUUUGCAAUAUUGAUGAAAUUGUGUGAUCGUGGUUCAAUUGAAACGAGAAAUUAGAUAAGGUAAUUUAUGAAUUUCCCAUUGAACAUGUAAAGUUUAUUUGUACAAAUGCAUUUUUAAACUAUUGGUCUUUGAGCUGAAUACUGUUAAUUUUAGUUAAAUGUAUUUAUAGAAAUGUAACUGUGUAAUUCUUAGGUUAUGUAAACAAUUUUUAAGGAGUAGGUUUUUGUGUUAUUGUUGUUACACAAAUGUACUUAAAUGAACAAAGGAACUUUAGUAUUUUAUUCACAACAUGAAAGGGCCUCUAUGCACAAGUAUUUUAUAGGCUAACAUUGUAAUUUUUUUUAUUUUGUUAUCAAUGCAUUUGAGUUUAUAAUAAAUAUAUAUUUUCGUA